ACAGGACAGGAAAGGACGGGGCAGGACAGGACAAGGCAUUAGAAAAGAGAAAAUAAGAAAAGGCCAAGGCAAGGCAAGGCAAGACAAGACAUUGGCCUGACCUGUCAUGCCUUUCCUUUCCUUGCUUUGCCUUACCCUACGUUACCUGCGCCAGUGUCUUUUUUUGUCUUGCUUUGCCUUGAUACUGAUUGCAACGACUACAUCGAUUUUAGCUAUCUAAUUGAAAGAGGAAACUUCUCUCUGUCCACCUUUCCACCGUCUUACUCCGUUACCUUUUAAGUUACUUUAAGAAAGAUCCCAAGGCAUGGCCCAUCAGACUACAAGCAGCUUCCUUUUCUCUUUUACACCCAAAAUAUGUCUCGUAUCGUUUCAACAACUACACGAAAUCUGGUACCAGUCUUUUGUAGUCCUUAAUUAUAACAAUACACCAGCAAAAGCUGACCAUCGGCUUAAAGUAAACUUUUAUAGUGUACAUCCAAUCAAAUCAAGGGAUUUGCAAAAUACUAAAAUACCAAUGGUAGAUGAAUCUUCUAAUCCAUGACUGUUUAAUAACUGCUGUUGGGUGCGCUUAGAGGCAAAAGUAUUCGUAAAUUGAUCAUAACUGAUGAAUCAAUCAAAAUGCGAGAAUAAUUUGACUCCUUGUAUGAAGAUAUAUUUCAGAAUCACCCGCCGUUUAAUAUCACGCUUUUUGAAAUAACUGAGCUACUACGCGCGCGCUCAUUGGUCGAUAGUUAUGUUUAGAUGAAAGUAGGUAAACACGGUUUUGACGUUUUAGAUUGCCGCGUAUUUUUGAGAAUUAUUUUAUAAAAGCAAAAGAACACUUUUUUCGUGAUUACAUAGCCUCAUCUAAACACUCGGAAGGUUGGGAGAAUUUUCGAAAGUUAUGCAAUCCCUCAAAUACGUCUUGGGUUUACAUAACUUCUCGAAUUCUCCCAACCCUCCUCGUGUUUGAAUGAGGCUAUGUAAACACGGAAAAAUUGCUCUAUUGCUUAAGGCGAAUACAAUCACCGUAGUCAAGGACGGACAAUUUAUGCACGUUUUACCACGCAGUGUCUUUUCUUCUCUGAACAAUUGGCCUUAUAAAAUCCGUAAGGAUGAAAAAAAAUAUUAUUUCAUUAGCAGUAUAUAUGGGAUCAGACAAAUGCCGGCAGCUUAAGGAGCGAGCAAUCCCUUAAAUGCAGGCUGCACUGUCGUAACUUGGAAUAUUAAAUCUCAUCCCAUAACCAGUUGGAAAAGAUUUGGAUCUUCGAAGAAUUAGAGCGAGAUUGCUUUUGGAAACGUCUUCACCAUUCUAAAUGAAGUAGUACUGAUGUGUCUGAGAUCACAAGGCAGAAUUCGAAUCCGCGAGGUUCUCUUAGGCGUGCUUAUUGGCUUGGGGGUAGCGGGUGUUUUGGUCAUGUGGACGAACGAAAGUGUUUACAUGAAGCACAAGCCUGUGAUGAGAUACAGCACUGGAGACGAUUUCCAAGAACAUACUGCCGUUAACACUAGACCAGUUGGAAACCAAGUGAACGCAGAUAAACCUGGCACACAAGAAAAUAAACAUGAUGACUUUAACACACAGAUCAACCCUUACAAAGCUUAUGGUCACGUCAAAAUCAUCUUGUUUUUCAUUGGUUAUCCACGCAGUCGUCACUCUCUCCUUGGUUCUUUACUGGAUGCUCACCCGCACAUGGUUAUAGCAGACGAAACAAAUGCCUUCGGCAAGUGGAGCUCAAAUCCAAACAAAUGGAUGAACCAUUCAGUAUACGCAUAUUAUGACACUAUUUUUAAUGCUUCACAGCGUGCAAUCAAACGAGGAAGAAGGUCAGGAGUAUUUAAAGAAAGCGUUGUGAAUACAACCUCUAAGUAUCGUUAUUAUGUACCAAACCAAUGGCAAAGCACGUUUGAUCAAUACAUUGAGAUCAUUGGAGACAAGGCAGGCGGGUAUACAGCGUUUGCGAUGAAGAGAACGAAUGCGGUAGAAGCCGUUCACCUUUUAGAGAAAACUGCGGGCGCUAAGGUGAAGUUUGUUCACGUUGUGAGAAAUCCAUUUGACAACAUUGCGACCAUGGUCCUGCGGAAAAGAGACAUAAAGGAACGGUAUGGAGAACAUAAACUAAGGGUUAACGCUCCUGAAGAACUCGAUACAAAAAUAAAGACUUACUUCAGUAUGGCCGAGGGAUGUAACUUGGCCAGGGAAACUUUUCCAGGCAGCGUCAUUGAUGUACCAAGCAUAGAGAUAGUCAAGAACCCGGUGGAAACCCUGAGAAGAAUCUGUCAGUUCCUUGAAAUCGCGUGCACAGAGCAAUAUCUUCUGGAUUGUGCAGCCACUGUGGACCCGGUCCCCUCCAUAACACGUGAUUUCAUAGAAUGGACCGCUGAACAAAAACACAAGGUGUACGACAUGAUGGGAAAAUACUCCUUUUUCGAAGGGUAUUCUUUUGACAAAUAAAUAAUUGCUAUUGCCA